GUGGCAUUACGAUUGAUCAACAAACAACCGAUAUCAACAAUUUCUUGAACAUGGAAGAAGAAAGCGACUGUGUUUCGGUUAAGUUUACUAAAGAUGUUAACCAGGAUGAAGCUAUUAUGGCUCAGGAAAGAGAAAUUGAACGAGAAAUUGCUGAAACAAACCCUCUUAUUGGACCGAAAUGUGACUUAGCAUUAUUACAAAAAGAAUAUGCAGAAGAUGAUCUCGUCUAUCAGCAAAAAGUCAAUGACCUAAGGAACAAAUAUAGUUACGUUCGAAAAAUGCGACCUGAUGGCAACUGUUUUUUCAGAGCUUUCACCUUUGCCUACCUAGAAAGUUUACUUACUGAUAAGCAAGAGUAUAAAAGGUUUAAAGAAAUAGCCUCUAGAACCAAAGAUGAUUUAGUUGCACUAGGUUUCUCUCAGUUUACAAUAGAAGACUUCCAUGACACAUUCAUGGAUGUUCUGGGGAAAAUAGAGCAAGGGAUGGCAGUAGAAGAUUUGCUUGCGAUCUUCAAUGAUCAAGGGAGCUCUGAUUAUAUAGUUGUUUACAUGAGGUUGAUUACUUCAGGGUAUCUACAGAAAGAGGAAGCUUUCUUUAGCAAUUUCAUUGAAGGAGGUCGCUCAGUCAAAGAGUUUUGUCAUCAGGAAGUGGAACCCAUGUACAAAGAGAGUGACCAUAUUCAUGUGAUAGCAUUGACAUUAGCUUUGGGUGUUGGAGUACGUGUCCAAUAUAUGGACCGUGGGGAGGGAGGACAAGUCAAUAAUCAUGAUUUCCCAGAAGACAAGACACCUAGAAUUCAUCUAUUGUAUCGUCCAGGACAUUAUGAUAUUUUAUACUAAUUUCAGUAGGAUGAGCAUGAUGAACUGAACAUAAGAUAUGUGAUGCAUUCCUUCUGUUAAUGUGUUCAUAUUUAUGUACAAUUAAAAAUGAAUCCACUUAGCAUUUCUAAAUGGUUGCCUUAAAUGUAUCUGGAAGCUAAAUUUUUCUUUUUCUAAAAUUAUAGUUGACUUUUAUGUUCCAUCCGUUGUCUCUUUUCUACUUAUCGAGAUAAAAAAAUUAUUAUUUUCAAAAUUUAUUUUGUAAAUUUGCCAAAAAUCAUUGCUAGCUGUGAAAAUCAUUUUCAAAAGUUUGUUUAUGAUGCAUAAAUGAAAUCAAUUGUUUAUGAAUUUAGUUAAUAAUUAAGUGAAGAAUAAAAAGGGCCAGAGAAACUGUUAUCUUUAUUAUAGAGAAAGAAAUAAAGACAAUUCUUCCAUGAGAAAUAAAAGAUACUGUAUCCAAAGAUAGAAUUUCAUGAUAUAUUGAAGGAAAUAACGUUACUCAUUUGUUAAAAAAUAUUCAAUUAAAAAUAAACUAGAAAGAGAAUUUUCAGCUUUUUCAAUGCAUCAUUUAUCAUUAAAAAAAUGUAUUAAUGAUAAACAAACAUUAUCUAGUUUGUUAUAUUUAAAACAGCCACUGAAUAGAAUUUUAAAUUAUUCUUUCUAUAUGGUGGUAAAUAUGAAUUUGCAUUAGCCAGUUAAAGAUUUCAGUAAGAUUACACAUGUACAAAGGCUGUGCAGCAGCAAGUACGUGUUCUGUCACAACAAGCAUUUGUUCUAAAAGAGUGGACAAUAGCAUGUCCAAUCUUCUUUCUGCACAUGUGUGAUCUUACUGGAAUCUUAUAACUGGUUUAAUGUUAACGCCACUUAACUUAUUAAAAAUUCUCUUAAUUAGCAUCUUACAUCAUUUGAAACUUGCCAAAUUGUCUUAAAUUUAUACUUCUGAAAGUAUAGACAAGUACAAAUUUAGAAUUUUAGUUUGCUUUUACAUAAGGAUAAGAUGUUUUUUUUUAUUAGAAAGCAAACAAAGAAAAAGAAUUCCACAUAAAGAUAUUGCUUUUCUUUAGAAUAUUUGUAUUUUCUUUAUUUAUCUUCUCCUUUAAUAUUUGUGUGAAAUUAAGUUUUAAAAGCGUGUAAAGUCUUAAAACAUUUGUUCUCAAUUUUAAGUUUACCCUUUUUUCUCAAUCAUGAAAAAAAAUCUAAAUUUUUUAUAUGCAAUAUUCAUUUUUAGUCCAAGAGAAAGAAAAUGUUGAACCAUAAGAAUAUUUAUUUCCAUAUUUUUAGCUUUGGACAGAUUUUCAGUGCACUUUUAUGAAAAUUUAAUAUCCGCACAAAUAGUCUCAUGCUUAAAAAAAAAGUAAUUUUCUUCACAAUAAAUAAAUAAUUUAAUUACUUUUUAUAAAAGUAAUAUUUUAUCAAUAAUAAAUCCAUCUUGCAAAUUAUAUCUAAUAACAUUUGAUAUAUGAAACCUAUUUAUGCAACAUGUGUUUCCAGGAUUGUUGUCAACACGGAAUGGACAUUAUUGCUAAUAUUUUCUUUUAGUAAUUUUUCUUUUGUAUUUGUUUAAAAUUCCCUUGCAUUUGAUAAAAUGAUCUAUAAUUUUAAAGUAAUACUAAGCACAAGAAGUUAAUUUGUUUGAUAAAUUAUAUUUACACAUCUUUCUUUUCCCAAAUUUUAAAAAAGAAAAGGGCUAAACUUUUUGAUAUAUAUGAAACUGAUUGCAUAAAAAUUUACAAAAUUCAUUCAAGAUUUUUUUUUAAAUUUAUACAUCGAAAACAAUUUUUUUUUUAUGUAAUAAAAAAAUUGAUAAGAUCCAAUUCUUACUUUGUUUUGUAAGUUAUGGGUUAAGUAUCAGCCAAAUUGCAGAUGAUUAUUUUACUAUAGUUUACUAAAAGUUAAUACAAUAUUAUAUCACUGAAUGUUUUUGUUUUUAUUUUGUUGCAGUGAUUUCAUUUUUUUUUUAUAAAUAAAUUUUUUUUUCUGUUAAUAAAAUUUUGUUUAGUUUUGUAUGUUGAUGGAUAGAUGAGAAGCUACAGGUUGGCUAAAAGUUGAUUUAGAUAGGCAUGCAUCUUCUAGUGUUGGUUAAUAAAUUUGCAAGAAGGGGUGAAAAAAGGAAGUGUUCUUGUAAUUGAAGUUUACCUGCAAUUGAAUAAGCGCAAAUUUUUUUUCUGAGCAUUAAAUUUUAUCUUACAUUGAUUUUAGUUAAAAGAGUAGAACAAUUUUUUGCAUACAGUUGAGGAACAUAUUAUGCAAUAAUUAAAGAAAAUAAAGUGGCAUUGUUCUAAGAAUAUUAGAUGCAUAUGAAAAAAGUAAGGGAAAUUUCUUUAAAAACCUGGGAAAAUCAUUUGUAGGGAAAAAAGAAGUCAACUAGCUAAUAAUAUCAAAUUUAUUUCUCAUUUUAUGUUAUGAUUAAGAUAAUGCGUGAUCUUGUUUUGAUGAUGAAUAAGAUAAUUAUGACCCUGUUUACAAUUGUAAAUAAAUAGUUGUAAUUGUAUACAGGGUCUUGAGUUGCCUUAACUUGCUUCACUAAGCAGUCAACAUUUUCAUAUAAAUAUUUUGUUAGUGAAAGUUAAUUUUCAGAUUGUGGCCUUUUCGAGUUUCAUAUAAACAUAUGUUAAUCACUAUAGUUUGGUUUGUGGAAAUUUUUUUAUUCAAAUGUGGUGCGUUUCCUUUCAGUCCUUUUAUUUUUAUGACUAUAACUUAAAUGAUAUGAAGAAAUUGUCGUUUCUAAAAAUCUGUCACUUUAUGCUUUUGUUUGAGUUUGUUUUGGACUAACAAUGUUGUUUGUAAAAUUAUUGAGUUUUGAAUACUGGCUGUAUUUUUGAAUUUUAGAUUCAAAGUAACUGUUCUAACAUGAGUGUUUUUUAAGUACAUUGUAAGAUAUUAUAUAAAUUGUGGUGCAUGUUCUCUAACAUUGUAAUAAAUUAAGCUCAUCAUUAUUGAUGUUCUGUCAACAUUUUUAUUCUCUUUGUCUCUAUAAAAGUCAAUACAAAAUCAAGAUAUAAACUGUUCUCUGAAUGCAAGUAAUUUUAGCAAGUCCUAAAUUUAUGUAUAAAAGGCAUCCUUUCAAAUUUGGGCCAUAAAAGUGUAUUUGAAAUGAGUGUUUUUGUUUGUUACCUCAAAGUUUUAUAUAUAAAAUGCGUGCAGUUUUGCUGACACUGACAA